AAUAUGUUUUCAUGCAGAAGAUGUAAAGAGUAGAGAGAGAGAGAGAAGUAUGAGAAUAUUAGCCAGAGGGAGUAAAAAAAGAAACAAAGACAAAAGAAAAAGAAAAUUAAAUGGACUGUUUUAGAGACAUGGUGGAACCAGAAGGGAACUGAUGCAGAUACUGAACAAGAACAUGCUGAUUAGAAGAAGUCGUUACCUUUCAGCGAUUAAAAGGAGCGAUAUGAAAAGUAGAGAGAGAGAUUGAUCAGCGUUAUUCUUCUGAAUUGUAUAAAAGGAGACGUCCUCCUCUGCUUCAACAGGAUCCCAUCGUCUCACACACGAAGGCUUCCACCAUCUCAGUGAAGAAGGACUUUUUACUCCGUCCCUCAUCUCUUCCUCAUCUCUUCCUCAUCUCUUCCUCAUCUCUUCCUCGAUACAUCAGUGUCCUGCUCUGCUGCAAACAUGAGGAACCUGAUCUCUGUGGCUGUGAUCCUUCAUGUGGCGUUCACAGCAGCAGGCCUACAACUCGACGGAAAAGAAGUGGAGUUUGGAGACAUGAUUGCUUAUAAACCUGAGUUUGGAUGGGAUACUGUUGAUUAUCAGCAUUAUGCUACUUUUGUGGGGGACGGAUAUCCUGGAGGAAACACAUUUGAACGCACAGACGACGAGCCAUACUGCUUUUUCUUGCCAAUCGAUAUGUCUAGAAGUCCUCAUGUUUUCAAUUUCCUCGACGGAUAUGUGGAUAAAAAGGGAAAGGUGUACACCAAAGGCAAUGAAACUGAAAUGAAGGCCCGCAUCAAAGAGACAAGUGGCAACUGUGGAUUGUAUGAUGCUGUCUGCAACAAUUGUGAACACCUUGCUACCUAUGUGCGUUACGGAGAGAAGAUAUCAAUACAGUUCAACAUAACUGGUGGACGGCUCCUCUGCAAACUACGCCCAGAGUGUGAACACAUGUGGAAUUACGUGGAGAAAACGAAUGAGUCACAAUAUAACGCCGCCUCCUCAGUCAACCCAGUCGGAUUGACUUCUUUAUGUCUUAUUGCUCUUUUCUUAUGUGAUAUGAGUUUUUGAACAAAAAAACUGAGCAAGUACUCUGGGUCUAGUACUGCUUCUGUUGAUAAGGUAUGGAUAUGAGAAGUACCUUUGUUGCUUCAAUUAAAUGAGCAGGAUAUUUCAGCACUGAGUGUCCACCAGAAUCAUUACAGUUAUACAUCAAAGAUACAUAUACAACGUGGUAAAUAUUAAAUAAAUACUUGAUAUGGUCUGAUUUAAAGUAAAUUAUAGCAUAAAUUACUGUGUGCAUUAGUGCGUGGAUAUCAUGUAACAGGUGGUGUCGUCCAAUUGGUCCAGGUGGAAGGUGAAGGUGGGCGUGGACUCGAUCAGGCUCUGCCUGAUCAAGGGCCUGAUCGAGGGCCUUGUC